AUGCGAACGCUAUCUGCAUAUUGUAAUGCUCUUAGUUUUAUUGUUCAAUCUACGGGACGAAAGCUUCAACCAGACGAGAUUGUAUGCAAUUUCGACACGGAUUUGUUCAAAGCACUACAUGGCCGGUUUCCAAUUGCUAUUGUGAGAGGUAGCAUGUAUCGCUUGAAACAAGCUUGUCGGACAAAGAUGGAGCAACUAAAGAUUUCAGACGACGCUAUCAACCUUGCGAUGGAGAAAGGUGUACUUGAUAUGUUAGCUACCAUUCCUUCGGGCCGAGUUGCCACUGCAGGAAUUUCGUGGGUGAAACAACAGAUGAAGACCAAAUGUGCUAGUGCCAAUGUUCCUUAUAUGCAAAGCCAGUGGCGUUUGUUCUGGCUGUACUUCCGAAACACUUGGUGUCGCCAGUUUUCUCCAGAAGUAUGGAAUAUGCAUGGCUUGAGCAAUCGUAUUAUUGCUCGCACUAACAACCCACUGGAGCAAUUACAGAAGGAAGUGGACGUAGCGUUACCUUGCCUGAUCCGAAACUAG